GCGGUGGCAGAUCUGGGUUGGUCCCAGCCCACUCUGAUCCAGGAGAAAGCCAUCCCUUUGGCUCUGGAGGGGAAAGACCUUCUGGCUCGAGCUCGGACCGGAUCCGGAAAGACGGCUGCUUAUGCCGUACCGGUCAUACAGCGCAUCCUGGCCUCCAAACAGAGCGUCCGUGAGCAGGAUGUGAGAGCUCUGAUCCUGGUACCAACCAAAGAGCUGGGUCAGCAGGUCCAGACCAUGAUCAGGCAGCUAACGGCGUACUGCUCCAGGGACGUCCGAGUGGCCGACAUCUCCGGGAAAGCGGACCUGUCGGCGCAGAGACCCAUCUUAAUGGAGAAGCCCGACGUGGUCGUGGGGACGCCGUCUCGCGUUCUCGCCCACCUCAGCGCCCAGAACCUGGUCCUGCAUUCGUCCCUGGAGACGCUGGUGGUGGACGAGGCCGACCUGCUCUUCUCCUUCGGCUUCGAGGCGGACCUGAAGAACUUGUUGUGCCAUUUGCCGAAGAUCUACCAGUCGUUCCUGAUGUCGGCCACUCUCACUGAGGACGUUCAGGCCUUAAAGGAGCUGCUGCUGCACAACCCUGUGAUCCUGAAGCUUCAGGGCUCUCAGCUCCCAGACAGCAGCCAGCUGCAGCAGUACAGCAUCAAGUGCGAGGAGGAGGACAAGUUCCUGCUCAUCUACACGCUGCUGAGGCUGCGGCUGGUCCAGGGCAAGACGCUGGUGUUUGUGGGAGCCGUGGACAGAAGCUACAGGCUCAAACUGUUUCUGGAGCAGUUUGGUAUUCCUGCCUGCGUGCUCAACUCGGAGCUGCCCGUCCACUCCAGGUGUCACAUCAUCACUCAGUUUAACCAGGGAUUCUACGACUACAUCAUCGCCACAGAUGAGCAGAGUUUGGCCGACCCCACUGCUGCUGCACAGACACCUGCGGGCAAAGGGAAGAAGAAGAAGACCUCAGAGAAAGGAGGAAAGACUAAGGACAAAGAGUACGGAGUCUCCAGAGGAGUGGACUUCCAAAACGUUGCCAAUGUCAUCAACUUUGAUUUCCCCACAACCGUAGAGUCGUACAUUCAUCGAGUUGGAAGAACGGCGAGGGCGGACAACCCAGGCACCGCUCUGUCCUUCAUCGCUCACACUGAGCUCGCUUUGCUGUCAGAGGUGGAGGAGGCUCUCGCUGGAGACCACGCUGAUUCAGUUCUGAAGCCGUACCAGUUUAAGAUGGAUGAGAUUGAAGGCUUCAGGUACCGGUGCAGGGACGCCAUGCGGUCAGUGACCAAGCAGGCAGUGAGGGAGGCCAGACUGAAGGAGAUCAAACAGGAGUUGCUCAACUCAGAGAAACUCAAGACGUAUUUUGAGGAUAACCCCAGAGAUCUGCAGCUGCUCAGACACGACAAAGACCUCCAUCCUGCUGUCGUCAAACCCCACCUGAAGAACGUACCCGAGUACCUCGUUCCAGAGACACUGAGGAGCGCGGUGACUCUGUCAGGCAGGAGGAGGAGGAAGAGGAGGGAGAAACCAAAACCAGAAGGAGUCGUCAAGAGCGGUUUUAAGAAGAACAUCCAGGGGAAGAACCCACUCAAGAGUUUCCGGUACACCGGAGGGAGGAACAGAAAAGGCAAGGCGGGUCAGUCAUAGCUGCAGCUGCCGUACACAUGAAUGUGUUUCCGUCCUGGAUGUUACGACUGUGCAGAGACUUUGACCAGGAGGACGGUUCGCUCUGCGGUGCUGGCCCAGGUGAGACCAAUAUAAACAGUUUGGACUCUGGAUCGAACGGGCUGUUGAAGCUAUAUGGACCACGGACAAAACGGACUAUGAAUACGGAUUUAAACUUUGAAACAAGAAGAAACGGUGAGAAUCAUCAGAUUGAAGUUGGAUUUUGUCAAAUCCAAACAGGCUGAGAUUUAUUAGAGGAAUACAGAAUCCAUAUUAUCUCAUUUCUAAUGUUUCUGUUCUCGAAAGUGUUUAUUAAAAUAAAAUAAUUUCUUCUCAAACACAGA